AUGAAAAACACGGGACGUUUCACAGUAAAACAAUUACACAGAGUAAACCGAAAAAACCGAAAAAACUGACGCGCCAAAGUAACCUUGUUGUUGCUGACGCAAAAAAUAAACACUCCUCACAUCUGCGCUAAACGAUGACGCCACGUUAUACACGCAAUCUUUUACUGCAACCACUGCAACCUAGAACCGUUUACACAAAAAGUCUGCUGGACGUGAAACCGCGACACAGCAGCUUAAAACAAACCCGCUUUACAAUAAGGAACUACUUUUAACAGGAAAAACACAAGAAAAACAUAAUCACUAUACAAGAAAUCUAUGUGCAAAAACCCAGACUUCACCGCG